GCUAUUUAAGCAGGAUCUGGACCCAAGGAUGCAAGCCCUUGACUCAGCACCAUGGCUCUGGGAGGAGCCUUCAGCAUCUUUCUGGCACUCUGCUUGUCCUGCUUGCUCAUCUUGAUCGCUUGGAAAAGAACCAGUAAGGGAGGGAAGCUGCCCCCUGGCCCCACACCAAUACCAUUUUUGGGGAACCUGCUACAAGUCCGCAUUGAUGCCAUAUUCCAAUCCUUCCUGAAGCUCCAGAAAAAAUAUGGCCCUGUGUUCACUGUGCACUUUGGUCCAAGGCCAGUGGUUGUCUUGUAUGGGCAUGAAGCUGUGAAGGAGGCCCUGGUAGACCAAGCAGAUGACUUCAGUGGCCGCGGUGAAAUGCCUACGGUGGAGAAGAGCUUCCAAGGUCAUGGUUUAGCUCUGUCCAAUGGAGAACGAUGGAAGGUUCUUCGGCGUUUUUCUCUGGUUGUCCUUCGAAACUUUGGGAUGGGAAAGCGGACCAUCGAGGAGCGGAUCCAGGAGGAGGCGGGCUACCUACUGGAAGAACUCCAUAAAGUCAAGGGAGCUCCCAUAGAUCCCACCUCCUACCUGAGCCGCACGGUGUCCAACGUCAUCUGUUCCAUUGUCUUUGGAAAACGCUUCAACUAUGAGGACAAAUGUUUUCAGAACCUAAUGAAGAUGAUCAAUGAAACGUUUGUGGAGAUGAGCAAGCCCUGGGCACAGUUAUACGACAUGUUCUGGGGAGUCAUGCAGUAUUUUCCAGGAAGUCACAACCACCUCUAUAACUUGAUAGAAGACCUUAAGGACUUCAUUGCCUCCAGGGUCAAGAUCAAUGAAGCAUCCUUUGAUCCUUCAAACCCUAGGGACUUCAUCGACUGCUUUCUCAUCAAGAUGUACGAGGAUAAAAGCAACCCCAACACAGAAUUCAACCUUAAGAACCUGGUCCUCACCACCCUCAAUCUCUUCUUUGCUGGCACAGAGACAGUGAGUUCCACGUUGCGCUACGGACUCUUGCUGAUGAUGAAGUACCCCGAGGUAGAGGCCAAGGUUCACGAGGAGAUUAACCAGGUGAUUGGGACACACCGUAUGCCAGCCGUGGAGGACCGGGCCAAGAUGCCCUACACUGAUGCUGUCAUCCAUGAGAUACAGAGAUUGACAGACAUUGUGCCUCUGGGUGUCCCCCAUAAUGUCACACGGGACACUCAUUUCCGAGGCUACUUCCUGCCCAAGGGCACAGAUGUGUACCCCCUGAUUGGCUCAGUCCUCAGAGAUCCCAAAUACUUCCGCUACCCCGAUGCUUUUUAUCCUCAACACUUCCUGGAUGAACAAGGGCGCUUCAAGAAGAACGAUGCCUUUGUGGCCUUUUCCUCUGGAAAGCGCAUCUGCGUCGGGGAAGCCCUGGCCCGCAUGGAACUCUUCCUCUACUUCACCUCCAUCCUUCAGAGGUUCUCCUUACGGUCUCUGGUGCCUCCUGCUGAUAUUGACAUCUCUCACAGGAUCUCAGGCUUUGGCAACAUCCCCCCCACUUAUCAGCUCUGCUUCAUGGCCCGCUGAGGCCAACACAGAGAGCUGAGAGCUAAGCUCUGCAGGAGCUCACCUACGCCUGCCCUCCCCUGCCUCCUCAAUCCUCCCCACACUGAAAGAAGUCACUCUCUCUGCUGUGCCGAGGCCACGGGUCAGGAGAGGUGUCUGGAAACACACUGCUGGGUUUAUAAAGCACAUCUGUAGCCACAGUUUGGAGCGAAGCCUGAAGGUUUAAUUAAGUUCACUGAAUUUCUCAACCUUGGUCUCUGUCCACCCCAAACUCUUACAGACACUGUGUGUUUCUCCAGCCCCCGUAGUGACCAGAACGUACUCUGUAAUUCUCUCCUGUUUGCUUGUGCUUCUCCACCCCAGUAAAGAACUGUUGUCCAGA